CCAUCUUUCUCCCUCUGUCCUUGCUCUCUCCCCCUCGUGCCCGUCUUUCCCUCUGUCUUGCUGUCCCCCUCCUUGCCCACUCCACUCCCUCGCUUUUCUCCCCCUGUAUCUUUUCCUGUGGAUCUCUUUGGCUCCCCUCCAUCUCUAGCUGCCUCUUAGCUGGCCCCGUGUGUACAUCAUGCCUCUUUCUCCUUCUUUCCCUGUAGGUAUGGACCCCCAGCCUCCUCCGCCAGCCCCAGGCGCCUCUCCUCGGGGCCGAGGCCGGGGCCGGGGCCGUGGCCGAGGCCGUGGACGGGGCCGGGGCGGCGGAGCCGCUCCCAGGGCACCCCUGCCCUGUCCCACCUGUGGCCGCCUCUUCCGUUUCCCCUACUACCUGUCCCGUCACCGGCUCAGCCACUCGGGCCUGCGCCCCCACGCCUGCCCCCUGUGCCCCAAGGCCUUUCGCCGGCCAGCCCACCUGGCCCGGCACCUGCGAGGCCACGGCCCUCAGCCGCCUCUGCGGUGUGCAGCCUGUCCGCGUACGUUCCCGGAGCCGGCCCAGCUGCAGCUGCACCUGGCCCAGGAGCACGGCGGCAGCGGGGAGCCAGUGGGGGCCGAGGUGCCGGGGAGCCAGGAGCCCGCGGCGGAGCCGGCCCCGGCUGCGGGGCCUCCCGAGGACGCCCAGGAGGAGGCGGCCGAGCUGGCUCGGGCAGCGGCUGGCCGCGGGGAGGAGAAGGAGGUCCUGCUCCAGGCUGACUGGACCCUGUUGUGUCUGCGCUGCAGAGAGGCCUUCCCCACCAAGGGGGAGCUGAAGGCCCACCCGUGCCUGCGGAGCUCGGGGGGCCGGGCAGGCCCCGACGGGGAGCCGGGGCCCCCUCCGCGGCCCAAGCGCCACCAGUGCCCUGUCUGCCUCAAGGCCUUCGCCAGGCCCUGGUCGCUGUCCCGACACCAGCUGGUCCAUUCCCCGGACCGGCCGUUCGCCUGCCCGGACUGUGGCCUGGCCUUUCGCCUGGCCUCCUACCUCCGGCAGCACCGCCGUGUCCAUGGCCUGACCCUGCUGGCGUCUGCCCCGACCACUCCGCGGUCUGACAAGGAGGAGAGAGGCGUGGGCGGCGCCUCCAAGGGAUGGACCUUUGCCAAAGGGGCAGAAUCCCAGGGGCAGAACGGAGAAGAUGGGGCGAGCCGUGAAGGAGAACGGGCCUCGGGCCCUGGGCCCGGGGAAGAGCCGCCUCCACCCCCCCCACCACCCGUGGAGCCCCGUUUCCGGUGCCCAGAGUGUGGCAAAGGCUUCCGUCGGCGGGCCCACCUCCGCCAGCACGGCGUCACCCACUCGGGAGCCCGGCCCUUCCAGUGUGUCCGCUGCCAGCGGGAGUUUAAGCGACUGGCGGAUCUGGCCCGUCACGCCCAGGUGCACGCGGGGGGCCCCGCCCCCCAUCCCUGCCCCCUGUGCUCCCGCCGCUUCUCCAGGGCCUACAGCCUCUUGCGGCACCAGCGGUGUCACCGGGCCAAGGUGGAAGGGGCCACGAGCAGGGCUGCGCCCUCCACGGAAGAGGCAGCCCCAGCUCUGGCGGAGACAGUCGACGACCCCCCUUCUCCUCCCUCUCCCUCUCGGACCCCUCCUCCUGCCCCUGCAUACCUCAGCGCCUCCUGCUUUGACAGUCAGGACCACUCAGCCUUUGACCUGGAGGAGGAGGAAGAGGGAGGUCUGGGGGGGGCAGGGGGGGUGCCCUCCUGACACUCACAACCCCCCAAACUUGUUUUAUGGCCGCCCCCAUCCCCUCUACCCUCUCUCUGAAAUGAAACCCACCCUUUAGGUUCCAACAGUGGAAGAAAGAGCAAGAUGGAGGUGGGGUUAUCUCCCUGGGGAGACUGCAGAGAGUUCUGGACCCUAACACCCUCCCCGCCAUUGCAGGAUAGCCCCCCCCCCCCGCCCCACACUGACCCAGAGUCCCACCCUGUUGCCACCACCAGGAUGACAGGUUGGGUCCACCUUCCAGGUGAGGCAAAUGAUGGGAAAAUGUGGAUUCUCUGGUCCCAGGGGGCCUGUUCCUCCCCACCCCCUUCCUCACUGGUCUCCUUGACCCUCUGCCCACGCCCAAUCCUUCCACGUUUCUUAUCUGCUGACUAGAGUGAAGCGGUUCCCAGAGUGUGGGUUGGGGGUGGAUGUUUCUGUUCCUCUUGUCUGUCUAUGAAUAAACGCCGCUGUGGAGCCCAGAGGAGCCAGGCCACGGGGCUCUGUGUGUAUGUGGAGGGGAGGUUGGGGAUGGCCAGGGCGGGCAGGAGAAGACAUGGGGUGAGUCUCCCAAACCCCUGCUGCAGGCAGGUUUCCUGCCUUCUGAUUCGAAGCAUUUAUCAAACAUCUGUCAGGUAGGCAUUGUUUUGUGCAUUGGAGAUAAAAAGACAAAAGUUUGGAAUGA